ACCCAUCUAUGCUGCCUGCAACCUACUUCCUUUCUUGACAAUUAAUUUCCAUCUCCGACCUUGUUUUGGGUGGAGGAAGCAAGAAAGCGGCGAGUGUCCCGGCCGGAGAUCUGAUAGAUCGAAGAACACGCGAAAACGAUGAAUCGGCUUUUGUGGAUUCCGCUGUUGAUUUUGGGUUUGCUGGCAUCCAACUGCCACGCUCAAAAUUGUUCGAGUCACGUCUUCUCCAACAACGCCAAAUUCGCCACCUGCAUCCGUCUUCCCGUCCUCAACUCCUUCCUCCACUGGACCUACCACAGCAGCAACCACACCGCCGAUAUCGCCUACCGCCAGACCAAUGUCACCGCCUCCUCCUGGGUGUCUUGGGCACUCAAUCUCGUCGGGAAGGGGAUGGUCGGCUCGCAGUGCCUGGUGGCCGUUCCUAACGCCCGCGGCGGCGGCUUCCGCGCCUACACUUCCCCCGUCUCCAGCUACGCCACUCAGCUUGCGCAGGGCCCUCUGAGCUUCACGGUGCCGAGUAUCUCAGCGGAGUUCGCCAACCAACAGGUCGUCAUAUUCGCCACCCUCGUCCUCCCUGCCAACGGGACCAGUUUCACCACCGUCUGGCAGAACGGGCCAAUGCUCGGCACCACUCCCGGAAGGCACCCUAUGACUGGACCCAACAUGGUAUCUAUUCAGACAGUCGAUUUCGCCACAGGCCAGACCACCUCCGGUGGCGGAAAAAACAGUCGAUUCACGUCUGUUAUGCGCAGAAGAAACAUUCAUGGCGUGCUGAACGCCAUCAGCUGGGGUAUACUGAUGCCCGUAGGCGCGAUGAUUGCAAGGUACGUGAAGGUAAUCCCGUCUGCCGACCCGGCCUGGUUCUACCUACACGCUGGCUGCCAAUUCUCCGGCUACGUCAUAGGCGUCGCCGGUUGGGGCACGGGCAUGAAGCUGGGUUCAGAUUCCAAGGGGAUUACCUUCAAGACCCACAGAUGCAUCGGCAUCACCCUCUUCUGCCUUGCCACUCUUCAGUUAACCGCGGCAUUUGUGAGACCACAUAAGGAUCACAAAUAUCGACCGCUUUGGAAGUACUUCCAUACCAUAGUGGGGUACACGACGAUUGCACUGGGCAUCACCAACGUGUACAAGGGAUUUGAUGCAUUGGGGAGGGAGGAUACUUGGAAGAAGGCGUACACCGGGGUGAUCGUUGCCUUGGGCAUUGUGGCUGUUAUCUUGGAAGCCAUAACAUGGCCCGUUGUGAUCAAGAGGAAGAGGGAGAGCGAGAAUAAACCGGCGGACACCGGCUAUGCAGGCAACAGACAACAUACUAGCACAGUCUAGCUACAUCUAUAAUAGUUUAAUAGUAUCAUAGUUAUCGUAUUAGUCGCAACAUUUCAAUUUAUAUAUUAUUCAUGUACUUUUUUUAUUGGUUUUCAUUUUUUAAUGCAUGUGAAUUAUUAUUUUCCAAAACUAUUGUUGGAUUCAUUUCGUU